AUGGCCAAGGAAUGUGAAGGGAGACGAUGGGCAUGGAGGGGGAGGGAGGGGACGGGAGGGGCGAGGAGGGGCAGAGGCGGCAGGGAGAGGCAGAGAGAGGCAGAGAGGCAGAGAGAGGCAGAGAGAGGCAGAGAGAGGCAGAGAGAGGCAGAGAGAGGCAGAGAGAGGCAGAGAGAGGCAGAGAGAGGCAGAGAGAGGCAGAGAGAGGCAGAGAGAGGCAGAGAGAGGCAGAGAGAGGCAGAGAGAGGCAGAGAGAGGCAGAGAGAGGCAGAGAGAGGCAGAGAGAGGCAGAGAGAGGCAGAGAGAGGCAGAGAGAGGCAGAGAGAGGCAGAGAGAGGCAGAGAGAGGCAGAGAGAGGCAGAGAGAGGCAGAGAGAGGCAGAGAGAGGCAGAGAGAGGCAGAGAGAGGCAGAGAGAGGCAGAGAGAGGCAGAGAGAGGCAGAGAGAGGCAGAGAGAGGCAGAGAGAGGCAGAGAGAGGCAGAGAGAGGCAGAGAGAGGCAGAGAGAGGCAGAGAGAGGCAGAGAGAGGCAGAGAGAGGCAGAGAGAGGCAGAGAGAGGCAGAGAGAGGCAGAGAGAGGCAGAGAGAGGCAGAGAGAGGCAGAGAGAGGCAGAGAGAGGCAGAGAGAGGCAGAGAGAGGCAGAGAGAAGAGAGGCAGAGAGAGGCAGAGAGAGGCAGAGAGAGGCAGAGAGAGGCAGAGAGAGGCAGAGAGAGGCAGAGAGAGGCAGAGAGAGGCAGAGAGAGGCAGAGAGAGGCAGAGAGAGGCAGAGAGAGGCAGAGAGAGGCAGAGAGAGGCAGAGAGAGGCAGAGAGAGGCAGAGAGAGGCAGAGAGAGGCAGAGAGAGGCAGAGAGAGGCAGAGAGAGGCAGAGAGAGGCAGAGAGAGGCAGAGAGAGGCAGAGAGAGGCAGAGAGAGGCAGAGAGAGGCAGAGAGAGGCAGAGAGAGGCAGAGAGAGGCAGAGAGAGGCAGAGAGAGGCAGAGAGAGGCAGAGAGAGGCAGAGAGAGGCAGAGAGAGGCAGAGAGAGGCAGAGAGAGGCAGAGAGAGGCAGAGAGAGGCAGAGAGAGGCAGAGAGAGGCAGAGAGAGGCAGAGAGAGGCAGAGAGAGGCAGAGAGAGGCAGAGAGAGGCAGAGAGAGGCAGAGAGAGGCAGAGAGAGGCAGAGAGAGGCAGAGAGAGGCAGAGAGAGGCAGAGAGAGGCAGAGAGAGGCAGAGAGAGGCAGAGAGAGGCAGAGAGAGGCAGAGAGAGGCAGAGAGAGGCAGAGAGAGGCAGAGAGAGGCAGAGAGAGGCAGAGAGAGGCAGAGAGAGGCAGAGAGAGGCAGAGAGAGGCAGAGAGAGGCAGAGAGAGGCAGAGAGAGGCAGAGAGAGGCAGAGAGAGGCAGAGAGAGGCAGAGAGAGGCAGAGAGAGGCAGAGAGAGGCAGAGAGGCAGAGAGAGGCCGAGAGAGGCAGAGAGAGGCAGAGAGAGGCAGAGAGAGGCAGAGAGGCAGAGAGAGGCAGAGAGAGGCAGAGAGAGGCAGAGAGAGGCAGAGAGGCAGAGAGAGGCAGCAGGCUCACAACGCCGGAGACGUCGUCGAAGAGGCUCCGCCAGCCCAUACCCCAUCCGCUGCGGUGGCCGCCGCGCAUCGCUGUGCACCAGAAACGUGCCCGCCUGCCAUUAG